CACUGCUUUGAUCAUAGUUUUAAAACGGAUUUCUUCUACCGAACUACCUUCGCAGUUAUAAUGGGAAUGAUCAUGACAAAAGAAGGCCUGUCAAAAUUGACAAGUGCAUCAUUGGACAUAAUAGGCUUCGACCACCAAAGAAUUCAAGAAAGAAUUCAUUCUGCUAACAAAUGUUCCAGAGCUAAAGAUAUCUCAACUAAAUGUAUCACUAAAGAUGAGGCCAUUGAAAAAAUAUAUGUAGGAAGUAUACGUGAAGGUAUUGGAAUGGACUAUUCUAAUGAUAUUGACAUUCUACAGAUCAACCAUGCUGUCAUUUGCUGUCAUGGCAACACAACUACACAAAAUGACAAAUUGAGAUUCAAAAUGGAGCAAAAAAGAGCACCUGCAGGCUACACAUUACUCAAACUGGUCCGCAAAGAUUCUGAUUCUGCAACUUAUGAAAGUCUAAAAUAUGCUGUAGUCAAAAAGAAAAGAGGGGAGUAUCUUUCAAGUAAACUCUAUAUCACCAGCCAAGAUGAUGUUUUCAAAUAUGGAAAUGGUGUCAUCAGCAAGCAAACACGUUACAGAAGCCCAAAUGGUCCAUCUAUUCCAAGAUAUGUAGAGGAAAAUUGGAUUCAGAAGUAUGGAAUCUCCAUAUGGAACUUAACAAAUCAGGAUAUGGAUUUUGUAAGAGCUUUCCCUUGUGAAGCAGAUGAAAUUUUGAAUGCAUGGAAGAAUAGGAAUAGAAAAUCUGGUUGGCCAAGUCAGGAUAUAAUAGACAAAAUAAUGUCAAUGCCAGUGUAUGUUGUUCCUGUGGGCAAAGAGGGUAGCAUAAAUGAAGAUCUACAGUGGAGAAUAUCUUUCACUAUGGCAGAAAUACAUUUAAUCCAGGCAUUUAGUAACACUCAAUCCAAGGUACUUGUCCUGAUGAAACUGAUAGCAAAACAUAUUUUGCAACCACUGUGCACUGGCAUCACUUCCUAUGUAGUGAAGACAGUUAUGUUAUGGCAAGCUGAAAGCAUUCCUCAGGAAGAAUAUAGUGAGGAGAAUCUUCUCUCAAGACUGAUAGAUGCACUUGCAUUCCUUAAAACAGCAGUAGAAAAUAAAAAACUUACUUGUUAUAUGAUACCAGAAAAGAAUCUGCUUGAUAAUAAAAUUACAAGGAAAGAACAACGGAAAGUUUUAAGGAAACUGACAUUUCUCCAAGUCAAUGGACAGAAACUGGUGUAUGACUUUUUUAAUGCAAGCAUAUGCAAUAGAAACAGAAUAAAUGAGAUAAUUUGUCUAUUCUACAAAUCAAAUUUUAUUGACAAAGUGCAAACACGUAUCUUAUUUUGUUUUACUACAGAAGAACUUGCAAACUAUUUCACUAAAAUGUACACAUACGGGUCAUGGUGGCGCAUUUACUUAUAUAAUUUUACUUUUAUUUUUGUACCUUAUUACUUGAAGUAUGGGCAAAAAGGAUUUGAUCCUGUAGAUUUUCAACUAGAAAUUGUCACAAGUGCCGAAGACCCCAGACACGCACAGGCGUUUGUCAAAGUACGCCCUUUUUGGGCAGCAUUUUAUCGAUUUUUUUCAAAUGUUUUUAAAUUAUUUGUCCACUCCUACAUCUAUAAGAUAUAUUAAAGUUUGGAUUUGG